AAUUUGUUCCUUUGAGUAAUCCACAAACAAAAAUCAUCAAUAAAUCAAAAAAAAUAUGGAGUAAUAAAAAACAAUAAAAAAUUUGAGGUAAGACUUUUAACUGAGACACUUCCUCACUCUCCAUAAUAAGCAAAAACACAAAAUCAAACCAAAUCUUUCAAAAUUUUCGAUCCAAAAUCCUCAAAAUUUCCCCAUUUCUCUCUCCUCCGAUCAUCAUUUCCUCCGAUCAAUUGCCGGAAAAUAGAACCCUAAUUCCCAAAUUCAGACUCCAUUUUUCUCUCAGAUCCAGACGAUUAAUCGGGAAUGGCUUCUCCGGAAGCCGAUUCCCGGCUGAAGCAAGUGCUGGUGCCUUCUCUAGAGAAGAUCAUCAAAAAUGGUUCAUGGCGGAAGAAUUCGAAGCUUGUUCAUGAGUGCAAAUCUCUCCUCGAGAAGCUCAACUCCUCCCAACUCCUCUCCCUUUCCUCUCCUGAAUCUCCAUCUGCCGCCACCACCACCACCACCACCACAGCAGGUCCGGUUGUCGACAGUGGGACCCACGAGUACUCUCUAGAAGAUUCGGAACUCAUUCUCUCUCCUUUCAUCAACGCAGCGUCGUCUUCAAACCCUAAGAUCGCCGAUGCCGGAAUCUCUUGUCUGCAGAAGCUCAUUUCGCAUGGGUAUCUCCGAGGCGAGGCCGAUUCAACUGGGUCGAAUCCCGAGUCGAAGUUGCUAUCCCGAGUUAUUGAUUCGGUGUGUAAGUGUAUUGAGGUUAACAGUAAUGAUGAGGGUAUGGAGCUUGUUGUGUUGAAAACUUUGCUUUCUGCUGUUACGUCGACUAGUCUUAGAAUUCAUGGGGAUUGCUUGUUGCAGAUUGUUAGGACUUGUUAUGAUAUUUAUUUAGGAAGUAAGAAUGUGGUAAAUCAGACAACCGCAAAAGCGUCGUUGAUUCAGAUGCUUGUGAUUGUUUUCAGACGAAUGGAGGCCGAUUCAUCAUCGGUUCCUGUUCAGCCGAUCGUAGUUGCUGAGCUCAUGGAACCUCCAGAGAAAUCAGAUUCCGAUCCUGGGGUUACUCAACAAGUUCAGGGGUUUAUCACUAGGAUAAUUCAGGACAUUGAUGGGGUGUUGCAUACAGUGAAUGUAGGUGGUGAUAAGGGUGGGAGUGGUGGAGCGGUCCAUGAUGGGGCAUUUGAGACGAAGGUGAAUGCCACUGUUGAGGGGACGAAUCCGGCUGAUUUGCUGGAUUCUACGGACAAGGAUAUGUUGGAUGCUAAGUAUUGGGAGAUUAGUAUGUAUAAGACGGCGUUGGAAGGCAGGAAAGGAGAGUUGGCAGAUGGAGAGACAGUGGAAGCAGCUGCACUUAUGGAGAGAGAUGACGAUUUGGAGGUUCAGAUUGGGAAUAAGUUGAGGAGGGAUGCUUUUUUGGUGUUUCGUGCACUGUGUAAGUUGUCAAUGAAGACGCCUCCCAAAGAGGCAAUGUCGGACCCUCAGCUUAUGAGGGGGAAAAUUGUUGCUCUAGAGUUGCUUAAGAUUUUGUUGGAGAAUGCUGGCACAGUUUUUAGGACCAGUGACAGAUUUUUGGGUGCUAUCAAGCAAUAUCUGUGUUUAUCAUUGCUUAAGAACAGCGCUUCAACUCUCAUGAUUGUUUUCCAGCUUUCAUGCUCCAUCUUCAUGAGUUUGGUUGCCAGAUUUAGAGCUGGACUUAAGGCUGAGAUUGGUGUGUUUUUCCCUAUGAUAGUUCUUAGAGUUUUGGAAAAUGUGACUCAACCGAAUUUCCAGCAGAAGAUGAUAGUGCUGCGUUUUCUAGAAAAAUUGUGUGAGGAUCCUCAGAUCUUGGUGGACGUAUUCAUUAACUAUGAUUGUGAUGUCAAUUCAUCGAAUAUAUUUGAGAGAAUGGUCAAUGGCCUUCUUAAAACAGCUCAAGGCGUCCCACCUGGGGCAACCACUACGUUGUUGGCACCACAAGAAGAAACACUGAAAUUUGAAGCAAUGAAGUGCUUGGUUGCUGUCUUAAAAUCGAUGGGGGACUGGAUGAACCAUCAAUUACGUAUCCCAGAUCCUCAUUCAGCAAAAAAGUACGAACCAGCAGAGAACAGUAUUGAAGCUGGUAGUCCUCACAUGGUGAAUGGACAUGGGGAUGAGCCUCCUGAAGGAUCUGAUAGUCUUUCUGAGUCUUCAAAUGAUGUUUCUGAUGUGCAAACCAUUGAGCAGCGCCGAGCAUACAAAUUGGAAUUUCAGGAAGGCAUAUCUCUUUUCAAUAGGAAACCGAAAAAGGGAAUUGAGUUCCUUAUUAGUGCUAAUAAGAUUGGGAAUUCACCAGAGGAAAUAGCUGCAUUCCUGAAAGAUGCUUCUGAUUUGAACAAGACGCUAAUUGGUGAUUAUCUUGGGGAAAGAGAAGAUAUGUCACUGAAAGUGAUGCAUGCAUAUGUAGAUUCCUUUGAUUUUCAAGACAAGCAGCUUGAUGAAUCCAUUAGGGUCUUCUUGCAAGGAUUCAGGUUGCCCGGUGAGGCCCAAAAGAUAGAUCGGAUUAUGGAGAAGUUUGCUGAACGUUACUGGAAGUGUAAUCCAAAGGCGUUUUCUAGUGCAGACACAGCUUAUGUUCUUGCUUAUUCAGUUAUAAUGCUCAAUACUGAUGCUCACAAUCCUAUGGUUAAGAAUAAGAUGUCUGCUGAAGAUUUCAUCAGGAACAAUCGCGGUAUUGAUGAUGGGAAAGAUCUUUCUGAGGAUUACAUGAGAUCCUUGUAUGAACGAAUAACCAAAAAUGAGAUUAAGUUGAAGGAAGAAGAUCUUGCUUCUUUGCAAAAGCAAUCUUUGAAUUCAAACAGAAUCUUAGGCUUGGACAGUAUCUUGAAUAUUGUGGUCCGGAAGCGAGAUGAAAACUACAUGGAGAGUAGUGAUGACUUAAUAAGGCAUAUGCAAGAACAAUUUAAAGAAAAAGCCCGCAAGUCCGAGUCAGCUUAUUAUGCUGCAACAGAUGUCGUUAUCCUGAGAUUCAUGAUUGAAGCUUGCUGGGCUCCUAUGCUGGCUGCUUUCAGUGUUCCCCUUGAUCGAAGUGAUGAUGAAGAAAUUAUAUCCUUGUGCCUUGAUGGUUUUCGUUAUGCUAUCCAUGUUACCUCAGUGAUGUCCCUGAAGACUCAUAGGGAUGCUUUUGUUACCUCACUUGCCAAGUUUACCUCUCUCCACUCACCGGCUGAUAUCAAACAAAAAAAUAUAUAUGCAAUCAAGGCAAUAGUUACAAUUGCAGAUGAAGAUGGAAAUUACUUACAAGAUGCUUGGGAGCAUAUCUUGACAUGUGUUUCCCGUUUUGAGCAUUUGCACCUACUCGGUGAAGGUGCUCCUCCUGAUGCAGCUUUUUUUGGUGUUCCUCAAACUGAUCAAGAGAAGUCAAAACAGGCUAAGUCUAAUAUUCUUCCGCUUUUAAAGAAAAAAGGUGCUGGCAAAAUCCAAUAUGCUGCAGCCUCUGUGAGAAGAGGUUCUUAUGACAGUGCUAGCAUUGGUGGAAACACUUCUGUUACCUCAGAACAGAUGAAUAAUUUAGUCUCUAAUUUGAACAUGCUUGAACAAGUUGGAAGCAGUGAAAUGAAUCGGAUAUUCACUCGAAGUCAAAAGCUAAACAGUGAAGGAAUAGUUGAUUUUGUUAAGGCACUAUGCAAGGUCUCAAUGGAGGAAUUAAGAUCUGCUUCUGAUCCACGAGUUUUUAGCUUGACAAAGAUUGUUGAGAUCGCGCACUACAACAUGAACCGCAUUAGGCUUGUAUGGUCAAGCAUCUGGAAUGUGCUUUCUGACUUCUUUGUAACAAUUGGAUGUUCUGAAAAUUUGUCGAUAGCAAUUUUUGCUAUGGAUUCUUUGCGUCAAUUAUCAAUGAAGUUUUUGGAAAGGGAAGAGCUGGCUAAUUAUAAUUUUCAAAAUGAGUUUAUGAAACCCUUUGUCAUUGUGAUGCGGAGGAGUAGUGCAGUUGAGAUCAGGGAGUUAAUCAUCAGAUGUGUAUCUCAGAUGGUGUUAUCUCGAGUAAACAAUGUCAAGUCUGGAUGGAAGAGCAUGUUCAUGGUCUUCACAACAGCCGCAUAUGAUGAUCACAAAAACAUCGUUUUAUUAGCGUUUGAGAUAAUGGAAAAGAUUGUUCGAGACUACUUUCCAUAUAUCACUGAGACGGAGACCAGUACUUUUACGGAUUGUGUAAAUUGCCUAGUUGCCUUUACUAAUAGCAGAUUCAACAAGGACAUUAGUCUCAGUGCCAUUGGCUUCCUGCGCUACUGUGCAGAGAAACUUGCCGAGGGGGAUCUUGGCUCUUCAGACAAAGACAAAGAUAAGGAAACUUUGGGAAAUGUCUCCCCAUCUGUAUCUCAAGCGUUAAAAGAUGGAAAGCUAGAAAAUGGAGAGUUGAGUGACAAAGUUGACCAGCUAUAUUUCUGGUUCCCACUGUUGGCUGGUUUAUCAGAACUUAGUUUUGAUCCAAGACCAGAAAUCAGAAAAAGUGCGCUGCAGAUUUUAUUUGACACUCUACGGAACCAUGGCCAACACUUUUCACUUCCUUUGUGGGAGCGAGUGUUCGAAUCGGUUUUGUUUCGUAUAUUUGAUUAUGUUCGCCAAGCCAUUGAUCCAUCCACAGAAAACUCAUUUGGGGAGGGGGGUGAUGGAGAAAUAGCUGAAUUUGAUCAAGAUUCAUGGCUGUAUGAGACUUGUACACUAUCUCUUGAGCUAAUAGUGGACCUUUUUGUUAAGUUCUACUCUACUGUUCAUCCCCUUUUGAAGAAAGUUUUGAUGCUCUUGGUGAGCUUCAUUAAGCGUCCUCAUCAGAGCCUUGCUGGAAUUGGUAUUGCUGCAUUUGUUCGAUUGAUUAGCAAUUCUGGAGAUCUCUUCUCGGAAGACAAAUGGCUUGAAGUGGUCUCUUCGUUGAAAGAGGCGGCUAUAUCCACCCUUCCUGAUUUCUCCUUUGUCUUCAAUGGGGAUAGUCCAGUUCGGAAUACCGAAGAAUUUAGUGGUGGGCAUGAUCUUGCUGAAUCUACUGGGACUGGUACAGUUGAUUAUGAUUCAGAGAGCUUACGAACACAGCGAUUUUAUGCUGCUAUAUCUGAUGUCAAGUGCCGUUGUGCUGUUCAGCUCUUGCUGAUCCAGGCUGCCAUGGAGAUCUACAUGUUGUAUAGGACUCAGAUUUCAGCAAAAAAUGUUAGCGUUCUUUUUGAUGCUUUGCGCGGAGUGGCAUCACAUGCACAUAAGAUAAACUGUGAUGCGAAUCUAUGUUCAAAGCUACAGGAGAUUGGAUCCAUUACCCAAAUGCAAGACCCUCCACUUCUACGGCUUGAAAACGAGUCCUAUCAAAUGUGUCUCACACUCUUACAAAACCUUAUGCUUGAUAGACCUGCAGACUUCAACGAGGAGGAAAUUGAAUCCUACCUCGUCAAUAUCUGCCGAGAGGUUCUUCAAUUCUAUAUCGAGGCUUCAUCUGGACAAGCGAUUGAACCAUCCACUGGUGGUGGAGCCCAUUGGAAGAUACCCUUGGGUUCCAGGAGGCGUAGAGAGUUGGCUGGACGUGCACCUCUAAUUGUGACCACUCUGCAGGCUAUAUGUAGUUUGGCAGAGACUUCAUUUGAGAGGAACCUAGCACGGUUUUUCCCUCUGCUUUCCACGUUGGUUAGCUGUGAACAUGGAUCUAAGGAUGUACAGGUAGCUUUGAGUGAAAUGCUUACCGUGUCAGUAGGCCCUCUGCUGCUGCGAUCUUGUUGAUCAUUCCUGGGUUCUUUCCGGCAGAGUUAGAUGUAUGAUAAUCUUACCCAGGUUUCACAGUUAAGAUUUUGUUGUCAUCUUUGGUUCAAAUAUUACUAAUUGUUAAGUCAAUAUUGUUAGUUCAUUUAGUUACUAUAUAAUACAAUACUCCAUUCCUCCUGUGAUAUGUUACUAAGGGAUGGGAAUGGCAUCAGGUUUUAUAGAUUAAGAUUACAUCGGGAGCUUUGUUGUAUGAUUUUUUAGUCAAUUCUUUCCUGUUCUUUCUUUUGCAGACAUUUGAUGUAAAAAUAUUUCUUCAAUGAGCAAUCGGAGAUUUUGGUAACA